AGUGGGUGUUCGAUACGGUACUAGAUUUACCAAAUAAACAAUUAAAGUGUAACGAGAAAGAGUUAUGACCUCUUGAAACCUAGUCAUGGAGGGGCUGCCUUCUGGUGAUAUUCAAGCCAAAUAUCAAAAAUUAGCAGCAGAGUAUUCUAAGUUGAGGGUUCACGUGAAAGUAUUAAAGAAGGGUGUCCUAGAUGAACAAGCAAAGUCAAAUGAAUUACGGGAAGUAUUAAAAGAUAAAGAGAAAUCGUUAAGAAAAGGAGAAUUAGAGAUAGAUUCAUUAACGUUUAGAAACCAGCAAUUGACGCGGCGCGUUUCCGUCCUUCAAGAUGAACUUGAUCUUCUUCAGAAUAAGUUAACAAAGAAAUCUAAGAGUAAAGGAGACGAGAAGCAAGCAUCAACAAGCCAAGCACCCUCACUUGACUCAGGCCUCCUGCAAGAAGAGCUUCAGAAAAAGAUAAUUGAAAAUGCACAGUAUGCAUCACAGCUUUCAGACAAGACAUUUGAAGUGUCUCAACUCCAAGCUUCAAUCGAAGACUACCAGAAGCAUAUAAAUGAAAGUGAAAGCAAAUAUAAGUGCGAGAUUGCUAAAUUGAAGAAUAAAAACCAGGAACUCCAGUUUGCAUUGGAAGAGGCUCAAAAGGACAAGCUAGGUGUGAUCGCAAAACCACAGACUAGCAGUCAAGCAGCAAGUUGUAAUGGAGAUUUUCUGUCAGAAGGUGGAAGCUUGGUGGGAAGUGAAGAUGCACUUAGUUCCGUAGAUGAUUUGAAUAUUAACGAUCAACUGAGUACAAAAGCUCAUACUUUAGAACAGGAAAAUCAAAAACUUCGUAUGGAAUAUGAAUUGCUUGAAAUGGAGAAUGAAAGCCUUAAACUAGAGAUAAGUAAACACGUAUCCGCCGCCCAGAAGAGGAGAGGAGAGACGCACGACUCGGGCGACUUUAAUAGCUUCAGUGAGACCUCUGUCGACGCGGGCGGCGUGGUGUCGGGGCUGCUGGGCGCGCUGGCGUGCCCGCUGCUGCUGGCGCGCGAGCUGCAGCAGCGCGAGGAGCGCGUGGCGACGCACUUCCGGCGCCGCCUCGCCGCCGCCGCCGCGCGCGCCGACCUGCUGCAGGGCAAGACCGACCACUACCUGCAGGAGUGCGAAAUACUUCGACUACGGUUCGAUGUGAUGGAGCGUGAAAAGGAGGAAGCUGCGCAUACGUUACAAGAAAAACACAACACUAUCAGCAGGCUGGAAGAGGAGCUGCAGUCGACGUCUCGCAACUACGAGCAGCAGCUGGGCGUGCUGACCGAGCACGUGGCCGCGCUCAACGAGCACAUCGCGCGCCAGCACGACCGCCUGCAGCGCUCGCGUGACGCCGCGUCGGACGUCGUUACAGCGCUCGCGGACAUUAAGCUGCCGCUGUAUUGGGUCACGUGUGCCGUACGAUCACCAUUCACUCGGUCACCCCUUAGUCCACAUUUAAACGAAAAGUACGGUCAGCGUGCGCGCACCGGUAAUGUUCCCCGCUAGAUGAUUCUAGUUUGUAACUCUAAACCAUUACUGGUGUAGUGGUAGUCAUUAUACUUCAAAUGGUGUAAUGUGUCGGCAACUACACUGUAAAUCUUAACCUCCAUCGAAGAUGACUUUCGGGUAGCUAGUGGACUUUUAUCGUUACGUCAUGAUUUAUCGUCGCAAAUAAUAUUUAAAUUUAUAAACGAAUUAUAAUGUUGCUAUCUCUCAUACUAUCCUAUAACCAAAAAUCAUCUUUAUUUUCACAAAAAAAAUACAUCUACUGUAUUUACCCUUCUAUUAUUGUGUUUUAGAAUUAUAUACCUAUGUCUUCGUUAUUAGCACAGACAUUUUCAAAUAUUUCAUUUUAAAACGCAUACACGAAGACCGUUUGAAUCCAUUCAUUUAUUAAAUAUUAGUGAGACGCAGAAUAUUCAGACUUCUUAAAAAAAAAGUAAAACAGCUAUUUUUUUAAAAUAGGAACAAUCACGAAAGCAAAGGUCAUAUAUAUAUUAAACAAAGAUUUAAUAUAAGAAUAAUAGAAAAAAAAAAUCGUAUGUCCAGUCGUAGAUAAGAUAUUAUAAUAAUUGAAUUGUUCAUGCAUGUACAUAAAGUGAUACGACUAUAUUAUUAAUAUAAAAGUUAGGUUAAUUGGCACUUUUAUACUUGAAAAUAUAAUAGUGAUUUAAGAUUAUUAUCGAGGAAAUGAAAUGAUGAACUUUGUCAUACAAUCGUUACUGGAUUCGCCGAAUAUUAAUUUUACUUUACGUAUUUCAAAUGAAUUAAAUCACAUUCUGCUCACAGCUCUGUAUUAACAAAUAUAUACAUACAUAAAUUAUUAAUAAGUGACGUAUUGUGUAAGGAUAUACUUAAAUUAUAAAUGAUAACUUCAUAAAUGAAUUUCUCACACAAUACGAAAUGAAAAAUGUAAGACUUAUUAUUAUUAAAUGUAAUUAAAUAUGUAUUUGUUGAUAAUAUCGAAAGGAACACAUUUUAUAUAAUGAUUUUAUCUUAAUUUAUUUACUAUUAUUUUAUUAUUAAUUUUUAGCAUUCCUAUCGAAUAUUCGAGGCCUAAUUAGGUAUUGUCUAUUUCAAUAUAAUUUGUACGAAACAGAAAUGGAAAAAUAAACAAAUUUAAAAAAUUACUUUUAUUUAGCGAUCAUUUUUAAAAGUUGUGUCGUAUGUCGUACAGAUAGUAUCUGAAAUAAUGGUAAUGUUUGUUACUAAUCUGAUUAAAUACUGAGCGCUCAUUGGUCGCUUGUUGCGUCAUCAGUUACUAUCGACCAAUUACAAUUCAGUAUAAAGUCAAAUUAGUAAAUCGUCUUUCGUUAAGGUGUGUAAUGACGUGCCUGCCAGAUUAAACCCUCGUACAGCCACAAUCCACCUUCCGGCAGGUUUAAUUCAGGCUAUAAAUAGAAAAAAAAAAGCUUGGAAAAAAUUAUAAAUUUAA